GACAAUACCUACCAUCAUCUCGCCCUCUAGGAACCCCAUUUGCGACAAAGGUAUACGCACCAGUAUCAAGUCAAAAGACGGUAAAAUGUCGAGGCGCUUGAACUCCAACGCACCCUCUCAUCUUUCCCGACGCACUAAGAGUGAUCAGUCGGAUGAUGAUGCCGCCGUGCCAUCGCUACCACCUUCUUCGCCACCCUCUGACCAAGAGUCAUCGCCAACACCCCCUCCGAGAUCGAACCCUAUCAAUUUCAGGAUUCAAGGCCUUGAUGGAAGACCCUUAUUCCCUGACUCAGCCUAUCCGCUGCCCCUCAGAACGCCAGAACGUCCACAGACAGAUACCGAGGUGCAGGCCGGCCCGAGCAAUGCUUCGAAUGAGAGUGAUAUGAAGGAGCAAAAUUCAGCACCCAAGUUCAAGGAUAUGAUCGAGAUGAUUCAGGCGCACAUCGAGGAGUUGAAGCAGAGGCCGCCGCUUGACACGCCGGUAGCUGACAAGGAGGACAAGAAUGGAAAUGAUGGGGGAAAAGCGUCGGACAGUGAACGAGAAGAGGGGGAGAUAUCGGAGUAAGAAGGUUUACGCUAUUCGUAGUAUGAGAUAUCUACCUCCUUAGAAUGCCGUCGCGGGGGCAUGGAAAUCCGCCUCAUAAUUAUUUUACGAUGCCUGUUAUUCUGUAGUUAUUGAAAUCGGAGUCUUCAUGAA